AUGGCGGGCAGAACAGAGGAAGCAAAAGAAAAGAAAAAAAUCGAGGAAGGGAAGGAUGACCCAGGAAAAGCUGAUAAAGGCGGGAAAAGAGGAAGACCGACCAAUGUGGCGGCACUGAAAAAAGAAAGGAGCAUAAGCAUGGGAAACAUGACGAGCAUAGAAGAAAUCUGGAAAAGGAAGAGAGAAACAGAAGCGGAGGAGGAGAAGGGGAGAGAAGAUGGAGGAGAGUGUGACCCGCAAAUAGAAGAAUGGAUAUUCAGAGCGAGCAGUUUGGUAGGAAGAUCGCCGGAGAAGAAGAAAGAACGGGUGGAAGAAGGAAGUGGAAUUGGACAGAUAAAGAGGAUGAUGAAAGAGUUGGGGGAAGGGCUGAGCAAGAAAAUAGAAGAAAGCGCAAGGAACCAGGGAAGAGAAAUGAGGGAAGGGAUAGCAGGAGUGAAAAAGGAAAUAGAGAAGGAAAUAGGUAAUCUAAAGGAAGAAAUCAAAAAGAGAGAGGAUAGGUGGAUGGUACAGAGGAGGGAGCUAGAAGAGAAAGUGGAAGGGCUCAGAAAAAAGGUGGAAGAGUUGGAAAGAGAGGAAAAAGAGAAUGACAAAUGGAGUAAACUAGAGGAGAAAAUUCAAAAAAUGGAACGGGGAACAAGGGAGGAAAGGAGGGCAGGGAAGGAGGAAGAUACAAUAAUGGAAAAAUUGAGAGAAUUAGAGGGCAGGUGGGAGCGGAAGGAAAAAGAAGAAAAGAGAAAAAACAUAAUAAUUAAAGGGGUGAGAAUAAGAAGGGAGGAGAUGAGGGAGAAAACAGAAGAGAUAAUGAAAGCAAUUGGAGUACAGGACGCGGUGCAGGAGGUGAAAGCAGCAGGAUUUGGGGAGGGGGGAAAAGAGAUAAACAUGGUUCAAAUAAAAUUGAAGACAGUAGAGCAGAAAAGAAGCGUGAUGAUGAAAAAGAAAGUACUGAAAGGUAGGGAAGAGAGAAUUGAAGAGGACUUGACAUGGAAAGAAAGGAGGAUACAAUGGAAGCUAAGAAGGAUAGCAAAGGAGGAAAGAGAAAAAGGAAAGAACGUAUGGGUGGAUCAUGGAAGAAUAAGAAUAGAAGGGAAAUGGUGGAGGUGGAAGGAGGGUAGUGAGCGUCUGAAGGACGGACAAGGGAGAGAAUGGUAUGAAAUGCAGAGGGGGUCGAGCAACGUGGGGGAAGAAAUAUGA